UUCGUAGGAAAUGUUUUUGUUCAUGGAAUCAUGAUAUAUCUGAAUCUGUAAAUGAAUUUAUUUGAUCUGUAAUUUAGGUACCGCUACUGAUAUGAGGUUCGGCAAUCUUCGGCAAACGCUCCUGCGAUUUUCCUGUGAACUGAGCAGCGGUGUACGUUGAGUCCGCGGGGCAAAGAAGUGGAAGCAGCAGGAGCAGGCAGCUUGCCGUCGUCCAUUGGAAACCAGCUGAUUUAAGUUGACAAUAAAAUGUUCCGGUCUUUUGCCACAUUUUUCGCCGGAAAAGUGUCCAAAAGUUUUAGCGUUCGCGUGGAAACCGCGUAGAUACGUCGUUAGAACAUCGGUGAAAAUGGAAAAUGAACAAUGGUCGGCCGAUUACCAACAAUCUGUGACGGCAGGUAUUGAAAGGCCCACCAGCAAUCUCAACAAUGGUAACAUCAAAAUCCUCGCCGCGGAAAACGACCUGCAAAAUUCCCUCAUCAAGCAGGAUCCGGAUUCGAAAACUAUUUUUCCAGCAGAGAUCAAAUGCGAGAAUGGCCAGACCAGCGUACUUAGUGAGAAGUCUAAACAGGCGAUACAGCUCAUCCUGGCGCAAAUAAAGACGCUAUCGCCAAACGAGAAGUACCUUUUCUAUUUGAAGUUGCCUUCGGAGAUAACGGACAUCAUCGACCCGUUUAGACAGCCUUUGAAUCCACUGGGCAGCCGGUCGGAGAUCUCCAGGACGAUAGUCUGGAUACAGACGCACCUGGAGGAGGAUCAAAACAUUUCCCUGCCCAAGAAGGAGGUCUACAAUGAAUAUGAGCAGUACUGUGAUAAGAACACCAUUAAGCCCUUAUCGCAAGCAGAUUUCGGCAAGGUUAUGAAACAGGUGUUCCCCAAAGUGAGAGCUCGAAGAUUAGGCCAGAGAGGCAAUUCCAAGUACUGCUACUCGGGGCUCAGGCGAAGGGUGAACUUAAAACCGCCCUUGUUGCCCGAUAUAUCAGACAAACCUUUGUCUACAGAGGCUCCGAUUACGCAGUCCAACUUGACGUACGCUGCCUGGUUAAUAGUGAAAGAUUGGGCUCAGCAACAGCUGGGGGUGCAUUUUACCUCCCUUCAGUCAUUGGCCAAUUACUUAGUGAGACAUUGUUCGAUCGGUUCCGGUUCCGAAGCUGCCAGCAAGCUGACUUCCAACAGCGAAUCACAAGGAAAAGAGAAAUUAAAUAUUGUCGCGGAAAGUGAAAAAUAUAACAGCAGUGCUCGAAAGUUGGCGGAAAAGUUUGGUGUUGGAAGAACGCAAGUGAACGACAUUUUAAAAAACAAAGUGGAAUUAAAAAAAAUGUUUGAAGAAGAAGGAUGCAAUGCAGAUAAAAAACGAAAGUUUCCUAAAACAGAAGGAUUUGCAAUCGAUCAACUAGUUUACGAAUGGUUUUGUAAGGCAAGGAACAAAAACAUACCCAUAUCGGGAACCUUAAUUCGGGAAAAAGCUCUUGAGGUAUCUACAUCCUUGAAACUUAGUGAAUUUAAGGCUUCAACUGGCUGGUUAAAUAAGUUUUGCAAGAGACAUAAUAUUAACUUCAAAACAAUUUGUGGUGAGUCUGCAGAUGUGGAUGAAGUGACUGUUGAAGACUGGAAAACAAAAUUAACAGCAAUCAUUAAGGAAUACGACACUAAAGACAUUUUUAAUGCAGACGAAACAGGGCUUUAUUAUAUGGCAAUGCCAAACAAAACCUUUGCUUUAAAGAAUGAUAAAUGUGCUGGCAAAAAAUCAGCUAAACAACGAGUGACACUGCUUUUCUGUUGCAGCAUGCAUGGUGAGAAGGAAAAUCCGCUAGUUAUAGAAACGAUGGAAAAGGCUAAAGAGAGCAUAAAUUUGGCAAGUACUAUGGUGUGGAUAAGUACAGCAUGGAAAAAUGUUACAUCGAACACUAUAAAAAAAUGUUUCCAAAAAGCGGGAUUUGCAACCGUCAAAGGGGACGAUGCAUUUGACGAAGAGGACGACAUUCCUUUAAGUCAGUUAUCUUCAAUUUUAAAAAACAUGCCAGGAAGUCCAGAUCUUAAAGAAUAUCUGACAGUCGAUUCAGAUGUCCCUACGGAAAAUCCUAGUUUAGAGAUGCAGGGAAUAAUCCAGGAAUUUACAAACAACAAGGACAGACAGGACUCCACUCAAGCCGAAGAGGAAGAAGAUGAAGGCCAAGACAUUCUGUGUUCAUCUAUAAAUAAUAUGAGUGAAGUAUGUGAAAAAUUAAGAGACAUUCAGAAUUUUUUGGUGAUUCAAAACAAAGACGAACUAGCGGUUGAUAUUGCCCAUACUUUGAUGAAAUUUGAAAGUGAAAUUACAAAAAUCAAAAUUAAAAAUUUAAAGCAGACUACCAUUAAUCAGCAGUACUGUGAUAAGAACACCAUUAAGCCCUUAUCGCAAGCAGAUUUCGGCAAGGUUAUGAAACAGGUGUUCCCCAAAGUGAGAGCUCGAAGAUUAGGCCAGAGAGGCAAUUCCAAGUACUGCUACUCGGGGCUCAGGCGAAGGGUGAACUUAAAACCGCCCUUGUUGCCCGAUAUAUCAGACAAACCUUUGUCUACAGAGGCUCCGAUUACGCAGUCCAACUUGACGUACGCUGCCUGGUUAAUAGUGAAAGAUUGGGCUCAGCAACAGCUGGGGGUGCAUUUCACCUCCCUUCAGUCAUUGGCCAAUUACUUAGUGAGACAUUGUUCGAUCGGUUCCGGUUCCGAAGCUGCCAGCAAGCUGACUUCCAACAGCGAAUCACAAGGAAAAGAAGGUGAUGAAGCAGUAUGCAAAAACAACAACAAGCAUAGGGAGAUGCAAAUCCAGUUACAAAAGAAAAUUCAGCAGAGGAAUGAAGGCAAAGAAAGGAAAAGAAAAAUUCCGCCUGCUGUAAAAUCGGAACCGAAACCCGGCGUGAAAAAGUGCCGAUCCCAGAGCGUCCCCGCCUCGUCAGUGGCCUCCGCGCUGUCGCAGGAUUCGAUCAGCAGCGUAGGAGCGAACGGGGGGCUAACGGGCAGUGGCGCCGGCGCCGGGGGCCUGACCAGCGGCGGCGAGUGCAGCACGGCCAGCAGCAGUUGCGGCAGCAACAGCGUCAGUCCGACUCAGGGCAGAGCAACCAUCUGUGAUAAACCAGAGUUCACUCAAUUAACGGCGUUACCUGACUUCAAUAGCUUUCAGAAACCGGUGCUGGGAGAAGCGGCGGCCUGCAACGGUACCGGUGUGGGGCAGGAGAAGACCAAUCCGUUAGUCUCGGGGAUCCUAGGCAAGAAGUUGCCCAUACCCAGGCUGCACGGCGGCGGCAACAACGGCACCACUACCAGCGCCUCGCACACCGCGCAGGCGAAAACGCCGCCGCAGCAGCAGCGCAAGCCCAAGUACAAAGUGAUCCAACCCAGACUGCAACCAUGUGAUAUCGCAACGUACAAUUCGUCGGCGGCAGCGCAGACCACCGUCACCACCCAGACGGAGACCGUCGCCUCGCUGGCCGACACCAGAUCUCAGCAAGUUCACUGCGGUGCGAAAGAAGAUGAUAGUUCUAAAGCUAAGCCUAUUGAUAACAAGUAUGAGGAUAAUUUGAAUGAAUGUGAUGAUGAUGAGGAUUUUCCAUUAACGCGGGAAAGGCUCGAGAGCGUCAGCAAUGUCGAUAAAGAUGCCAUGGACGAAUAUUUAGGAACGAACAAUAGCCAACACGAGGAGGAACUCUCGAAAUACUUCAACGGCAACGAAGAGAGCGAUCCAACCCCCCGAAACCGAGAGCAACUCUCCACAUUGCGACAGCUUCUCGAGCAGAACGGCAUUUCGGAAAAGAAAAACCCAGUCUCGUCCACCCCGCCUGUAAUAGACUCCAAUCUGGCACUACCGGCGGACAGUCUCGCCUCCUACACCAGUACCGCCCCCGCCUUAAACCGACAGUUGUCCGCGCACAGCUCACCCUACGUCAGUCCGCUCCAAGCCUUGCCCACCUUGCCUAGCAUCCCUACCAACACCAGGCGACGCGUCAGUUUUGAAACUCCCGACGAAUCGGUGCCUCCCAGUCCGAACACGCGCAGCAAAAACUUCAAUUUCACUCCUAUUUCGCCUGGACCACACUCGCCGAAUAGUAGCGCGCAGUCUAAAUGUUCUAGUACUAACGCGAGUCCUUUUGUUAGUCCUAGGAAUACUCCGGUACCGCGCACGAAGAACACGGCUCACCAGAACGCGGGUAUUAUGUUGGCACACGAGACCAGGAAGGGACCGGUGAAGGGAAAGAAGGAUGUAGAUUUGACGCCGUUGGAGAUUUCUAACGAUAUUACCAUGAAAAAUUAUAUUCCGAUGUCCGCUCCGGUCAGUCCGAUGCUUCAGAAAUUACUGAACACGAACAGUAAGAUUCAGUACAGGCCAGAGUACGCCAACGUUCCCAAGCUUCCUCAACAACAACCACCUCCCGAUCCCACGCAGCUUUUCACUGACAUUUCCCGGUCUCAGUCGGUGCCAUUACACCAAAUGCAAACCGCCGGAGUGUAUCCACCAAUCAGCGACACGUCCGACAACAUUAUAUCAGAGAUAUUAACGCGGGACCCGGAGUUUUGCGACAUUCCCGGGCAGGACAACGAAAACGUGAAGUUGUUUUUGAACUCGCUAACCGAAGCACCUCCCUCUUGCGACAACAAUAACAUCGACGCUUUCAACCUGGACAUUUCCUCCAACACUCACUGCCUCACCGAGUUCGGCCUGAACAUAAUCAACACAACCGCCGAGCCGAAUUUUACCACAACAACCUUCGCGGCGCAAAAAAUGAGAAACAUAACCAGGUCGCAGAGCAUCGACGUGGAGUCUACGUUCGAACUGGGCAAAUGUAACCCGUCGCGGUCGGUGCCUAGUACGCCACUGCCUUUUACACAGAGCCUUAAGGUGGAUGUGCCGGAUAAUAAGGCGUUCCAGAGCAGUUCCCGAUCGUAUCCUUCGACGCCUCUGACCAACGGCGAGCCGUUUGUCUAUCAAGUGAACACGGACUGUCUACUGAACGGUCAGCCGAUUCGCACUGACAACGCGGUGGAGAGCAUCAAGUUUAUCCAGAGUUACGAGAUAGCGGCGGAUCCGAUCGUGCAAGAGAAGGGGUUCCAGUUGGACGGGGAUUUUGGUAUUAUCGAAACAGGGGAAGCCUUGAUGGACGAGAGCAGUAUACUGAUACAGCAGGGUUAUAAUGGUAAUAUUAAUUAACACUUCUUGUCUUGCUUCGUCGUCAUGUUUCCAUUAACCGUCGAUACUGGCGGUCAAUUACGAAUAUAUACGGUCUUUGUUAUAUUCUUAGAACGUAGUCUGAGGAUUUUGAAGACUUGAACGGAUUGUGCGUUUGGAGGUAGCAAGUUAGUUUGAAUGCGGUUUCUAUACUUGUAUUUGAGUACUUCCGAAUGUCAUGUCUGUCGCUUUUGAUAACGCUUUGAUGUUUCGAUGGAAUUGAAACGUUCACGGGCGUUAUAGUCUAAAAGCUAGCAACGUUUUCGAGAAAGUAUUUUAAGAAAGCUGGCUGAUUAAUAUAUCUUUUGCUAGGCUCUCUG